AUGCCGAGCUCUUACACGUUCGUUAUGUUCACGGCUGCGCAAGGAUUCCUAAGCACAGGUGAUGAGGUAGUCCCCGGCAAUGCAGGACUUAAAGACCAAUCGAUGGCCUUGCUCUGGACACGGGACAAUAUCGUCAUGUUUGGAGGCAAUCCUGAUAACGUCACCCUCAUGGGCUGUUCCGCUGGAGCCACACCUUGUAGGACACUUAAACCUCCCGAAUUUCAGCAAUGGAGAGUGCACUUGUUCACCCCAUUCACACCCACUGUAGAAGCGCCGCAAGUGAAAGACCCUUUCCUGACCAAGCACCCGUACUGCGCUGCGCAGGAUGGAUCCGUAUAUAAUGCGCCUCUUAUUCUCUCAGUCAAUUCGGAAGAGGGAUUAUACCCUGCAGCUGCGUAUCAGAGCGAUCCCAAGCUUCUGGAAGAGCUGGAAGCCAACUGGGAGCAACUGUCCAGCUAUAUCUUCGAAUACAACGACACAUUACCGCUGGAGCGCCGACGCGAGGUUGCCAUAAAGAUAAAGGACAAGUAUUUGGCCGGCAAGCCUGUUGGACAGGAGACUUUCUCACAACUUGUACAGGCCCUAGGUGACCGUCUCUUCACAAAGGACGUGGGCAAAUUAGCUCAGGUUCAAGCAAAGAAAUCCAGGCAGCCGGUGUAUGUCUACCGGUACACAUUUCGUGGAAACUUCAGCCUUUACAAUCUCAUGGCAAUGAACAAGAUCAACUACGGUACGAGCCACGCUGACGAUUUUCUCCACAUCACCAAGCUCGCAAAAAUCACCGAUGACUCCGAAGAUGAUAGACUGAUGACUGAAGCUCUUCUUGAUAUUAUCUAUAGCUAUGCAAGCACUGGAACACCACAACUGAGCAAUGGUAGGCCUUGGUUACCAGUGGUUCCUGGGUCUCCUGACAUCAACUACUUAGAGAUCUCGUCGCCGAUCAACAUGGAAAUGAAAACUAGCUCCGACUUCGGACUGCGUAGCUUCUGGGACUGCCUGGGUUUCAUUGAGAAUGAGAAUUACCCGGACUGUGUUAGGGACAUUAGUUCAUAAUACUUGAAUACUGAUGUGCAACUCUAUGGCUUCUUGCCAUGGAUUGUUAUUACGUUGUGCCAAGUGCGAUUUUAAAGAUGAAUAAAGCCAAGUUUUCUGUUGGUUUGUCUGUUAAUAUGUAUCAAUUUAGAACCAGCAUAUAUAGGCGAUCGUUUAUUAAGAAUCAUUACGCGUUUGUAACGUUACAGAAACUUCAGUACCGCCUGCAUCAUUGUUUCUAACUUAUCACCGCUUUUGAAACCAAUAUUAGCUCGAUCGAAACACCAUAACAACGAGGACGAAA